AGGGGUGGUACAUGAGUUAUUUGUGGUUGAAUUGAAUAAAGACUCUAGGAUGUUGUUGUGUAUCGGCAUUUAGGAUCGUUUUCUAGUGGUUUCAAAAGUUUUACUUAUUAUUUCUGGAGCACCAGGCACUAAAAUUGCUCUAGUACAACAACUUGCAACAACAUCUAUUACUCGUGGUGCACCCUGAAUUGAAUUUCGAGAAAGAAGUUAAGUUCUUCUUGGCGAGGUAUUUAUAAGAAAAUUUAAGUUGAGGGAAGAAGAUCCAAAUUGUGAACCAGCAUAACAUAUCAAAUGUAAAAAUGUCUGGGUCUGGAAAAAUGCAAGUUUGUCAUGCUUGUCUGGCAUGACUCUUAAAUCUGUCAUGCACAUCACCAAAGAGCCCCACUUUUCUGUCAUGCAGAAACGUAGUUUGUCAUGCAGAAUAGGCAACACCUAGAAGCUCAGAAACUUGUCAUGCUGAGCCAGCAACUGUGGCCUCCUCAUGAUAUGCCACACAGCAUCACAAGUUUCCAGACCCAGACAUUUUUACAUUUGAUAUAACACAAGUACAACAAAUUCCUUAUCGUCAAGAUGGAUUUCCACCAGCAGCAGUGGAUGUUCGCUUUGGCGACCAUCUCGAUCUUCAUUAUCGAGUGCACAUAUGCCUGGGUCUGGAAGGUUGAACCUGUAUUGCAUGUUUUGCAUUACUAAAAAAUCUGUAUUGCAUAAGCAGCAAAUUAUAAAGCGUCACACUUGUUUCGUCAUGCAAAACCGCAGUUUGUAAUGCGUUCUGCGCAUGAGAAAGCGUUUGAAACAUUUGUCAUGCUGCACUGCACUUACAGGCACAGGCCAUCAUGACCAUUCAACAUUACAAGUUUCCAGACAUCCAGACAUAUUUGCAUUCGAUAUUCAUUUCCAUCGUUCUAUUCGGGUCCUAUCUGGCGAAAAUCCUCCGCGGCAGAAUCUCCCUCUUCGUCCUCGACCUUUUCAACGUCGGUGCGGCUGGGAUGUUCCUCGCCAUGGCCUGCUUCCACAUCAUUCCGGAAGUGGUGAUGGAUUUGCUCACCGCGGUGCAGCAGUCCUCUGCGGAGAAGUGGAAAAGUCUGUAUCUGAGAAAGUUCGAACACGACGGCCACGUACACCACAAGCCCAACGAGAGGUUUUUUCGGGAGUACGGACCGCAGAUAAACCCCCAGAUGGUGGACACUGGGAAUACCAGCCACGGAGCUGCUGCCGGUAACGGCCACGGCCAUUCGCACGGGGACCCGAACACGCCACCGGGCUUUAUGUCCCUUCCCCAUGACGACACGGAGGCACUGGAGGGGAAGUUGCAGUUGAUGGGCGUAACUUUAUUCGGCGGGUACAGCUUGAUUCUCUUUUUCGAACGGGUGUUCGCAUUGUGGUUUACCCCGAAAUCCUCGCCCGCGAAAGAACAUCAGUAUGCAUUGCAAAUAUGUCUGGGUCUGGAAGGUGGUAAUUUGUCAUGGUAAGUCUGAAGCAUACAAAAAUCUGUGUUGCAUGAGAGCCAAAAGCUGUCGCUGUCCUCUUUCGACCAAGUUGGGAGGGAGUUUCUCAUGCAGGAUAGGGAUGGCAGAGACCUCGCAGAGCCUGUCAUGCUAAGUCCCGCAUUCCAGACCUCAUGGGUCAUGGAAAAUCUGCAUGACAAGUUCCACUCUUCCAGACCCAGACAUUUUUGCAUUUGAUAAUCAUCACGCCAGCGGCUGUCACGCGCACGGAAAUAGUUUGGAGGAUGGAGAGGACUUCGAGGAUCAUACGUGCGGGCACUCACACGUGCACGGACAGGGAAAUAAUCACGUUAGUCACGGACACGGACAUCAGCAUGGUGCAGUAUCUGGUGCACAUGACAGCCACGGGCACGACUGCGGAUCACAUAGCCAUGGCUGCCAGCACGACCACAGUGACGAAGAGGAUGACAAAAUCAAAGUCCUUGACGAACCAGAGGCCCCCGAGGAUAUCGAGAACCAACUGACCAGCGGACAUCCGGGCGGCCACCAUUUGCUGCACAAUGAGCAGACGCAACACUUACUCGCCACGCCCAAUAAUCUUCUUUACCCGUCUAGUAGAAUGAGCGACCGGUCGACAGCAAGUAAAAAGUCCAAAGUCGGGAUUGACGAUUCGGCGAUAAAAUCAAAAGAAAAUCAUGGAAGAAUCAGUAGCAAAUGUAAAAAUGUCUGGGUCUGGAAACUUGUAAUGCUGCGUUGGGAAUAGCGAAUGUUCUGUAAUGCACAGCCAAGCAUGAGAAAUAUCUGCGCUUCUUUGUGUUGCGUUUUUCGCAUGACAAACUGCGUUUUUGCAUCACAGGCAAGAGGGUCUCUUCUUGGACACGCAUCACAAACUUUUUAGUCAUGCCAAACUAGCAUGACAAGUCUCGCAAUCUUCCAGACCCAGACAUUUUUGCAUUUGAUAAUCAGCAACGCUCCCUCAGGCAACCACUACAUCCACGGAAGGGGUAGCCCCAGAAACAGCAUUUUGUCCCAGCAAAGGCGAAAAUCCAAUUACUCCCACUACGUUCACGAGCACCACCACCAUUCCGACGAGGACCUCGGUUGCCACGGCCACGACAACCACGGGCACCAACACGGAGUUCCGCUCGGCGCAAGCACCAUGUCCGCGGUUUUCCUCAUGCUCGCGCUGUCAUUACACGGGGUGUUUGAGGGGUGGGCAGCGGCUUCGACCUUUAAGGGGACGAACCCCUGGUCGAACGGAAUGGCGACGGUGGUAGCGUUAGCCGCGCACAAGUGGGUGGAGGGGUUUGUGUUGUCUUUGUCGCUGUUGAAAGCGGACUUCGACGGGUGUAAAUUCUUUUUGUUGAAUUUCCUCUGCGCCUGCAGCAGUCCGAUCGGGGUGAUUAUUUACACGGCGGCACACAACGUGGCGGAGGAGCAGAUGCAAAUUAUUGGGCCGUAUUUGAACGCUCUGGCGUGCGGGACGUUGAUCUACGUAGGAGUAACGGAAAUUGUGCCGGAAGUGUUUGAGUGCGACACCGCGAAAAGCGCGAGCAAGGCGGCGGCGAAGUUUUUGGUAUAUGAGAAUGGAGAUUGUUUGUUUCUCAACAUGUUGCUAUAAAAGGUGGUCGUGGUAUAGGUGGUUGCAAUUACUUAUUUUUCAACUUCGCUUGCUGCUGCAGUAGUGCUACUAGUGCAGCAAAAUGACAGUGUUGCAACAUACUCGUCGUUUAUUGAAGUGGAACAAGUUGUCAUGCAUUUGUUGCGACGCGAUCUAGUGUCUGGUUCUGAAUCGUCAUCAAAAAAAAAAUCGUACUAUUAAAACAGACCUUCGUGGCAGCGGGCGCGGGGCUCAUGGUUUUCCUGUACUACUUUCACGAGUGCGACCAUUCGAAUUCUUCACCAACACUAGAAACCGGUGCAGAGCACCAGGAAACGGGCGACGAUGGGCAGCCGGUGUGGUGCGAUUGCAGCAAUCUGUCGCAGUUGCUAGAUUCUCUGUUGAAGAUGUUUGCGAGACCGGAGAUUAAGAACGCAAUGGACAACAUGAAUUAAGACGACAAUGAAUAAUGUUGAUCCGGAGGUGACAUCUUCUCCGCUCGUCUCCUGCGCAUAACAGCAUGGAGAAAGGUUAUCUUCUGCCGAAGAAAAAAGCGACAAACGGAAAAAUUUGGGACGAUACGAUACUCAAUCCUGCGACACGACUUCUUUACUUUUAACUUUUACUUUUGCAUCAAAAGCAGGGUUUUCAUCCCCAGCCGCGGGGAGAGAAUUCCUCUAUGACUCGUCUUUUAUUUGGGAAUUUAGCACAUGUUUGCUUGUCUCUAUACGGGAGGAUAAAUUUUUUUUUCCCGAAAAUUGCUGGCAGCCGGCAAAAUAGAACAGCAACAGCAGCAGAUACUAAAAACUACACAUGAGAAGUUUAGUUCCUUCCUUCAGAAGUCCUCUGCAAGAAGUUCUUUUUAUCCUCAGUCUUCCUGUCGUGCAGGAGUAGUCGCAUUUUUCCAGUGAUUGCUUUUGUCAUGCGGGAAGGGCCUGUUACUUAUACUUUCGACCACUAGAACUAUCCCUCUUUCUCCGAACCUAUAUUGUCGCACUGUAGGAGGUCGUUUUGCUAAAAAUACAGAGCCAAUUUGCAACAACUACUGUAGCGCGUUCUACUAGACAGAGUGCAUCUAAUCUUCGAAGUUUUCGUUUCGAAGCCUGUCUGUUAGAUGUUUUACCGCCAUAACAAGCACAGAAAUAUAGCGGCCUCUUACAGUCGACAAGCACCUCGAGUGGUUUUUUAAGUCCCUUUUCACUGCCCAUUUUUUAUCUAUGCCGCACCAGCAGAAAAUGGUUUUUGCCGAUGCACAUCUUUUCUCAGAGUUCUAUAGGACCUUUAUAGCAGAACAACCAGAUUGUGACCCGGGUUUUGCUUUUGCAAUGAAAACCCAACAUAAGUAGUUAGAGGCUUCAAUUGCAACAGCACGAAGAACAAAAAAAGCGCAUGGACCUUCGACGCAAGAACAAAUUACAGGUAGUUUAAAACAGGUAGAAAAUAAAGUAUUUAGUGGUUAAGUUUUGCAUAAUGCCGGAGAUUUUGCAAAAAUAUGAGGAGGCUAUAGAAAAAACAAAAAACGUAAACGAAUACAAACCUCCUGAAACUACGAUGUAUAUAAGCCAGAGUCCACGUUUUCGUCCAGGCGACUCGAAGCCGAGUCGGGUUUUGUAGCUGGUUCUACUACCGAAUCAGCAUGAAGUAGGAGCUACUACAAACACCUGUAGAUGCACGCAGUUGUCCUAGUAAGUACUUCGACUGGCGCCACAAAAAAAUCGAGCUGUCAUUGGUCUAGAGAACACAGGUGUAGUACUAUUGAAGUGCCACAGAUAAAAAUUUAGAAGAAGCUGGGUUUGAUGCUGACCUACGUACUCAUCUGCAUACAUCUCAAAACCCGCCCAAAUGCAAAAAAAUAUAGCACGAUCAUUUCGUAUCGUAUUGUGCACUAUGACAAUGAACAUCUCUUUGUCUUUCCUCAGAGUGGUUUAGUACUGUUAAAUCCAUCGCACUAAUGAAUUGCAGUGAAGAAGUUCUUGGGGCUUCAAAUUUUUUGAGAAAACAGCGCAACCCGAACAAGCACAACUACCCUAGGUGCAGUAAGUAUGAACACAACGUCGAAAACUACAGAUAUGCAGGAGUGGUCUAGAGGUACAUACGCCCCCUCGCCGACACGCGGACCAUACUGUACUUUUUUCUCAAAAGAAUUUCACUUCCUGCAAGCAAACGGUAAUGCCGCACGGGAAAAAUGGAUGAAAAAUCAAAACCACUCGACCUCCCUAGCGGCCCUCGCAGAAAAAGAGGGAGAGGGAACCGCUGGUGGGGGGAAAAAGAGCUGACGUGCGCUAGUGCUCUGCUCCUCUCUGCAAAGUUCUUUUCAAUGAGACAAAAAUGCGUCUUCAAAAAUGUCUGCUCAAUUUUGUUUUUUUAGAUGACAAUGAAGAAAGCUCUUUAGUUCUUCGAUUUGUCUUCUCACAGUUAGUGCAACAUCGUGUUGUGCAGGAGUAAUGGCGUGCGCGUGAUUGAAAU